CCCAGGAAGCAGAAGAGGUCGCUAAACGUUCAAACGUGCUCUUUUAAUUGUUGAGCUCUAAAUAAAGCUGUAACAUUUCCAUAUCAAAAAUUCCCUGCACAUAAUUAGACGAUUUUGUCCCUUUGGCUGGAAAGACAAUUUUAUCCGUAUUAGUUUGUUUCAGCACAUUCGGACGCGUCUCUUUCAAACUCAAUUCAACAAGGAAGUGAACAGAAUAUAAACCAGCUUCAUGCAUUUUUUCGGAAACUCCCGUGUGUCACACUCAUAAAACACAAGAGUAAUGUGUCAGCAUGUGUAAGAAUAGGAAGACUAGUUCAAUCGGACAUUUCAGAACGCACUGUUGAGAUGGGUACGGCUGAUCCUGUGACAAGCACAUUUGACAGACCGGAAGUUUGCGGCUUCCUCUGACCUGGCUUUAACGAGACUGCAGUUCUGUUUCCGAAAAGCUUUUCCAGCUCAUCUGCUCGCAGAGACAAGCCAGGAGAUUCUGAUUUAUUUAUACAGCGUGAGAUCUAAAGGAGCGGGUCUGUCUGAUCUGUCCAGGGCAGGUGUUGCUCUGACUCGUGGGGAAAAUGAUGGCGAGCACGGCGAACUUCCUGUGGUCCAUGGACGACGUUCUGGGACAGGGGGCCACAGCCAGCGUCUUCAAAGCCCGAAACAAGAAAACGGGAGAGCUGGUGGCGGUGAAGGUCUUCAACAUCUCCAGCUACACGCGGCCGUACGAGGUUCAGAUAAGGGAGUUUGAGAUGCUGAGGAAACUCAACCACGUCAACAUCGUCAAGCUGUUCGCCGUGGAGGAGAUGCACAUGAACACCAAGCAGAAGGUGUUGGUGAUGGAGUUCUGUUCUGGAGGGAGUCUGCUCAACGUCCUGGAGGAGCCGGAGAACGCCUUCGGCCUGGGAGAGUCCGAGUUCCUGGUGGUGCUGCAGUGUGUGGUUAACGGGAUGAACCACCUGCGGGAGAACGCGGUGGUGCACCGCGACAUCAAGCCCGGCAACAUCAUGCGGGUGGUGGGGGAGGACGGACGCUCCGUCUACAAGCUGACCGACUUCGGCGCCGCACGGGAGCUGGAGGACGACGAGAAGUUUGUGUCCAUCUACGGCACGGAGGAGUACCUGCACCCUGACAUGUACGAGCGGGCGGUACUGCGGAAGCCGCAGCAGAAGGCUUUUGGGGUGACGGUGGACCUGUGGAGUAUCGGGGUCACCUUCUACCACGCGGCCACUGGCUCCCUCCCCUUCGUGCCCUUCGGAGGCCCCCGCAAGAACAAACAGAUGAUGUACCGGAUCACCACAGAGAAGCCGGUUGGCGCCAUCGCCGGGGUGCAGAAGGUGGAGGACGGCGCCAUCGAGUGGGGCUACCACCUCCCGCCCAACUGCCAGCUCUCAGAGGGGCUGAAGACUCAGCUGGUGCCCGUGCUGGCCAACAUCCUGGAGGCCGACCAGGAGAAGUGUUGGGGCUUCGACCAGUUUUUCGCCGAAACCACGGGCAUCCUCCACCGCGUGACCGUACACGUGUUCUCCCUGCAACAGGCCACCGCUCACCACAUCUACAUCCACUACUACAACACGGCCUCCAUCUUUUUUAAGGAGGUGCAGAAGCAGACGGGCCUGGUUCCGGAGCUGCAGCAGUACAUGUUCCACGGGCACGAGCUCCUCCUCCCACCCUCCAUGCAGGUGGUGAGCUUCCCGCCCACCAGCCCCGACCGCCCCCUCUUCCUCAUCAGCAAGCAGCCCGAGAAGACGAUAGGGCUGCUCCGCAGGGAGCCGGCUGAGACUCCGCCCAUGCCCACUAAGUUUGACGUGGCUGCAGACCUUGCCUUCUCUAAGGCCACCGUAGGUGUGAUCCACCAGUACCUGAGAAUCGCGCGCUCCUCACAGAAGCACCAGGAGCUCAUUCUGCAGGGGUAUUACAGCUACUUUGAGAAUCUUCGUAUGGAGUGCGUUCAGGCUGAGCACAAGGUCAGCGUGGUCAACAUCAAGCUCAUCGGCUGCAUGAAGAGCGAGGAGAAACUGCACAAGCUGAGUCAGGCCUCGGAAGAGCUGCUGGACCUCACAGAAGAUGGGAGGAAGUUCAGACAGAUCCCGGAGAGCCUGGCGGUCUACGCCAGGAGGAUCCAGGAGUUUAAGAACAAGCUGGACCAGCUGCACACCGAGCUGUCCCGCCGAGCCGAGGUGCUGGCAGAGGACAAGAGUACCCAGAAGAUGGCGUUCCUGCUGGAGAAGAUCACAGAGGUGCACCAGCAGUACAAAAAGGACCGCUCGAUGGGGAAGCUCAACUACAAUGAGGAACAGAUUCACAAGUUUGAAAAGAUUAACCUCUCCAGCAACAUUAAAAAGGUGAAGUUGCUCCUGAGGGAGGAGAGCUUGCAGAAAUACCGGGAUGUUCUGGCGUUAGCUGGGUCCUGGACCAGCGUUCUGCACGAGAUCCAGUCCCAGCUCAGGGACUUCGGCAAUUCUUUACUUCAGCUGGUCGGGCACCUGCAAGAGUACGAGGAGCAGCAGAGCAAGGACCUGGACGCAGUCCUCCUCAGUUUCCAGCACGGGAUGGGGAGGUUACAGAUCACAGACGGACGGAAGGACAAGGAUCACAUGAUCCACAGGAUGAACAGGCUGAAGGAGGAGAUGGAGUCUGUUGCUCAGGAACUGCAGUACAAUAACAGCAUCAUCGAGAGCCUGGGGUCAAUGAACACUGGUCCAGGGAUCUGAUUGGCCGCCAAGUGGAGUCUGGAGGGAGUCUUUCAGUGUUUGGAACAGGGUGGUGCACACUUUUGGAAACAGAGCACUUUUCAUUUUGUCAGGGUAUGAGCAGAAAUCUCAGGUGCUCUGAGUUCACUUGAAUAUACACUUCUCUUUGUUUGCCCAACAAGUCAUCUGUGUGCUCGCACUGGUCCUUUAAAUUAGGAGUGGAUUCUUCAGGAUUUUAACCUUUUUUUUUUUUUUUUUUGAACCUCUGCAAUUUUAGAGGCCAUUGACCUUGUAGGCCUUGUGAUUAUACAAUAGCAGCAGUUGUGUAGGGUAGACUGUCGAGGCAGGUCCAGGACAACACACAUCGAUGUGUAUAAACUGUAUUUUAGCUGCCCAUAUGGCUUACUCGUUGCUCAGUCACACAUGUAGUGUUCCCACUGAAUGGACGUCUGAAAGCUGCCACUCACUAUUGAUGUCAUUUUGAGAAUUAGCCGCGCGCCUGUAAGUGCUGUAUGGAUCGUCAGAAGAGUCCGUUCAGUACAGGUGUGCUGGUUGCCAUGGUGAGCAGAACAGCGGAGUCCCCUGGUUUACGGUGCGGUUUGCGGCUCCGUGUCUGCCCCGCCCCGUCUCCGUGGAGUUCGGGAGUGCGGCAUUUAUCGUUUCCUGGUUUGGUUCUGUUCUGUGCACUUUCGCCCAUGAUAUGCAUGCUCCAAUGCAGGCACUGGACUGGAAUGAAUUUGAGGGACAUUUUCCAGAAAAACCUUUGUCUUCACUUUUGCCAUUUAAACAUCCACUGGAGUUUAAAUUAGUUUGUUUUCUUCUGUGUUUUUUGAGUAUGUGAUUUUUAGUGAGCGGCAGUACAUGUGCUUUGUUAGGCUUCUGCAGCGUAUCACACCAAGGAGAGUAGACUGGAUAUUGAGAAAUAUUUUGUGUUAUUCAUGGAUAAAAUGUAUAUUGCACUGUAAUGAACAAGUACCAUGAAAUUCUUUCUUUGUAUUAAAUGAAUGAGUAAAUAAAUAAAUAAUCAUGUUAGACCACAUGAUUAAGGAAUUAAAAAUGAAGCUUUGUGUUUAUAACAGCUGGUCAUGUAGGAUGGUGCCUUGUAGACUUUCAUUGGUAUGUCAAUAGAUUUUUUGUCCAAGAAUGUGAUGGAAUAACGAAUUGCUUUGGGGGAAACUAUAAAUAUAAAUACUGUAAAUCUCAG